UCGAUGUAAGCAUGCCUUUACAGUAAAAGUUCUGUUGUGUGAGGAAACGUCCUCGCAUAUUUUCUAAUGGGUGUGUGAGAGCUUUCGGCCUUCAGUUAGGACAAAAACAUGCAAUCGGUUCCCCUCACAGUGUUGCGCAUUGUGCUCGCUUACGCAGUGCUUGACAUCAGCCGCACUGCAGACGCUGCUGCGCACGACGACGCCAGCGACGUAUUCCCCGCAGGUCUGCUCGGGUAUUUCGUGAGCCAGGAAGACAAAGCUCAUCAUGUGGAGGCACUGUCCGAUAUUAUGGAACUUCCGUCCGGCAUGGAUCUUCGUAAAGGAAACGUUAUAAGUUUUGAAGCGGUGCAGGACGGUUAUCAGUACUGUGUAUGGUUUCACAAUGAAUUUCACACGCAGCGGACGAGUAUCUGCAUUCCUUUUCAACUGAAUGCCUAUACUGUCCAUCAAGUGGGUCAGGAUAAACUUUCUGUACAGAUGACCUGCCUUCCGUUGACCGGCAUACUUACUGCUGUGAUAAAAAAUCUGACAGUGAGGACCACAUUAAAAAUCAUAUACACACCAACAGACGGCGAUGUUUUCGUGGUGAUUAACGGAAUGCGAUCCGCUCGUUACACCCGAACGGUUCACCCAGCCAUGUUCGGAACGUUCCGGUUCUGGUUCGGGUACACCGAACUAGCUGACUUGAUAUUACGUUCAUUUAAUGCCAGUGAGCCGUGGAUCAACGCCACACUUUCCUUAGUCCAAGGUCCGUUUCAUGGUGACAGUCAGUUGGCCAUCAGGUACUACACAAGGUCACCGUUUGCCUACCAUGACAUGGAGCUGACUCUGCACCCGAACAUUACCGGCGUUCCAGUGCCCGAUCUGGGACUGUUUGCCAUGGCCGGACCAUCCGGCAAUUUAUACGUAAAUCUUGGCCGUCCAACGCAAUAUGGAAACAAAAAGCUGACCUUUAUCUACGACAUUGAUAUAAAAAACGGCGCUUUGAUCCAGAAAUUGCAAAUGGACGGUAAAGAGGCCCGCCUCUAUUACCAGAGUGAACUGCCAUGGCAUUACUACGGCACAUACGAAGAAGUGUACAAAGAGCCAGCCGGCAACUCUUUCACCACACUGCAAGAUUUUGACCAACUGGACUGGACGAGAUUUUCCAGCGAAUCCGCCAAUUGCUCCGGGAAGAACAGACGCAUCCGGAUUGUUCACCGUUCACAAUCAGCGCUCCCAAUAUUUCAAGAAGGAAUAUUUCAAGAAGGAGCGCUCCCAAUAUUUCAAGAAGGAACUUGUGGUUCGGUAAUGCUGCCGCUCGAAAUUUCCCCCCGGGAAAGCAGUCGUAUGAUUGAGGACCAACAAUUUAAUCAGAUAGAGUCGUCGGCCCAACUCGGAAGCUACUCUUCUGACCCGGAUAUUCAAUUAAGGCUCCACUACAAGGUAGCAGAUCAACGGGGAUCCCAGGUUCAAUGUCGUUUCCAACUAAUGCCGACUGCUAAAGAUCCGAAGAUGGGACUGCGCGUGAAUUACACUCGCUCUGACAGUAGAGACAGCUACGGAUCAAGUAGUCGGAAUCGAGUACUCCGUUUUAGGCGCGUCAUAUCUCCACUGGUUCCAGGCAGAUACUCAUUUGAUCUUCCAACCGAGCCGGAUUACAUCUUCAUAGCCGGCCUUUAUGGAAAGCUUCCUCCAGAAUCCACAAGCGGCACUGGCCUUAUUGAGAUCCGACAAAUUGGCAACAACACAAUCCAGUGGACUCACACGCUCAAUGGAGAUUUAUAUAUCAACACGACCGUUAGAUUUAAUAAGGAUUUCCGAAUUAUCCAAGGCGACGGAAAGAAAUACUGGGACUACAGCGAAACCGAUGGGAAAGUCGUGACGAAGACCUACAAUGCCGAUCCACGAGUGAUAGGCACGAUGAUUUUCUCCCAGGAAGGAAUUGCCUUCUACCACUGCGGAGAUGUAUCGCCGUGCGUUCUGCUCAGAACAGCGCUGCGCAUGCCGUAGCUGUUUUACAAACGGGUUUAGUAUACAAAAAAACCUUAAAUUAGGAUUCUAAGACACUGCAGUAUGACGUGAUCUUCUUACUGAGCUUGUUAUUAAGGCAUCCUUUGGGUGUUCUAAAAACCUCAUGACUUGUUUAAGGGCACACAGUAACAGACUACUGAAUAAGUAAGCAGUAGCUUGAGAUCUCCGAGAAG